AUGGUUUUUUUUUGCCCACCAGAAAAAUACGAUAAGGGUAAUAAGACUAACAGAUCUAAUAUUUUUGGUUAUUGGAAAUCAUCGGGGAAGGAUAGGACCGUUAAAGAGAGAGCAUCCCAUCCUCCACGUCCUAUAGAUACAAUCAAAUCAUUGGUUUUCCACAAAGGAAAACCACCAAAGGGGGAGCGAACUAAUUGGGUGAUGUACGAGUAUAGGCUAUUAGAAGAUAAUAUGCACGAUGUAACAAAUAGCAAUGGUUCGUAUUGUGUCUACAAGUUAUUUCAGAAAGAGGGUUUGGGACCACGAAAUGGACACAACUACGGGGCUAUAUUUUACGAAAAGGAUCUUGCGGAGAAUUGCAGCUCAAGUACUAGUAACAACGUCGAAUAUCCUACAAAUACAGCUCAAUGUACUACAACUAUUACGUCUACGUCAUCAAACACGGACAACCAACAUUUCAAUGGAAAUUUCUUAGACGAUGAAGUGUUCAUCAAUAAGGGAUAG